AUGUACUAUGCCGCGUGGUACGGUCACAGGGCCUGCGUUGCGCUGCUCGUCCAGGCGGCUGCUCAGGCCCACGCUGCUCAGGUUCCGAAGGCCCAAGAGUCACGCCUUACCGAUACACAAAGAUCGACGGGCACGGAGUCUGACAUAGACGCGAUCCCUUCGCUCUAUCUCCCCCCACCCAUGAUGCCCUACCGCGUCUACGGACACAACUACCUGGACAAGGCAAGCCUCGUGCAGGUUACCAUUGGUCACCUGUCAUCGCAUUACCAGGAUCCCAGCGCGGAUGGGCCUGCUGUGCGGCUGCGACACCCCCUGGCAGGACCCCAGUACGAUGACCGGCACCUGCACGCCUCGCCUCUUCUGAAGCUUGUCAUGACCGCUGCGCCUGUCACUACGUCCGCGCCGUACAGCGUGUCGCUCCCAAUCCGCGACCAGAAGAUCGUCUUCUCGUUCCAGGUCCCGUCGCCGAGCGCCCUCUCGCUGGAGUUCUCGCUAUACCCAAACUUCGGCACCAAGACGAUAGGCCGCGCUACAGCCCUUCCGCACCUGUUCCAGAACAUCCAAAAUAGCCAGCCCUUUACACUUCCCAUCUUGGAUCCCCGCUUGCAUGUCAUUGGAGAGGUGUGUCCCGUUGUUAACAUCAUCACGCCGUUCAGCGGCGUCAAACUCGAGAUCGGAGGGGCUGUGGAGACGUACUGGAAGUCGCUAGCGAUGCCUGUCCCAGGGGCAAGCAGCGCCAAACUUCUGUCUCCUCGGCCCCCACAACAUGGAAGGGCCCUCGGGUCCGCACAGACGUCGCCGUCGAACCCGACGCUCGCGCAGGCCUCCGGGCACUCGCUAACGCAUUCAUCGGUUACCGGAAGCUAUAUCUACGUAACCGUCCAGGUCACUCGGGACCUGCACUCUGUCAUAUUCCCCGAAUGGAGGUUACCGGACGCGAACUACGAGUUGGGCGUCGCGGAUAUAACGCUGUCGCAGUUCAAGGCAUUGGCGUCCCGACUGGGCCGCGGGGCUCCAGCGCCCGAUUCAUCGUCGCCACCUUCCCUUUGGGCUAAGUGGAUAUCUUCCUCAAUGAUAACAUUGCAGGAGUUACUGCGGCUUGUCCCCGCAAUGUUCGGCAUUUGCGUGGAGAUCGCGUACCCGCCCAUCCAGGUCCGAAGGCGCUUUUCGCUGCGAAACCAACUAGACCUCAACGACACGGUCAACUCCGUGUUACGCACCGUUUACGACAUGUCGGCGCUAGAGGGGCAGAUGGGUCGCCGGCCGGUGGUGUUUACGUCCUUUGCUCCGGAUCUGUGCGCGGCUCUGAACUGGAAGCAGCCCAAUUAUCCUGUGUUCCUCGCCUCCCAGUGUGGGGACGCGAGCCGCGCGACACCCAGCGCUACCGCACUCAGCACGGACGACGCGCACGACCAUCGGCUUUGGAGUCUGGAUGCUGCUGUGGAGUUUGCUAAAAUGAACAACUUGUUGGGUGUCCUGCUGGACGCCGGGUUGCUGGUGUGUGAUUUUGUUGGACUGGCUGAGAAACGCCAAGCUAGUAUGAGUCGUUCCUUUGCUAACGAUAACAUAGGCUCGAGUGCCCUCGCUCAUACAGGGCGUGAAAGAUUUUGGCCUGCUGGUGGGCACGUUCGGCCUUCCGGAGGACAUCGAGAGGCUGCCCACAUCAGCAGGUACGGAAGCAAGCGGCGUGGAUGCCGCGUUGCAAGACGGCGUCUUGUUGUACUUCAGCAACAAACACAGGGGAAUGCAAGAACUAUGACCUAUAUUCGUCGCUCCGAUCCGGACGGCGAUAUACGACUAUGA